GAUUUAAAACCGGUGGAACUGCGUUCUCUAAAUUUUGCUGUUACCUUUGAUGUACAAUUUGACAGAUUCGGUCGGCUCGUGUCUUCAAAAAUCGCCAUUUCAUCCGAUGUUUGACAGUUGGAUGAUGAACUCCUCGUUUAUUAUCAUUUUUCUUAGUUGUUGUGGACUUGAAUGAGUAUCAGAAUGCUUCCUGGUAAUGUCGAUCCUCGAAGACCUGAUAAAGUUCAAAGGUAUAAGCCCCCAAGUGCAAAUGCCAAUGGACAGGGGGAAGAUCUCACACCAGACUAUAUGAACAUUUUGGGUCAACGCGCGACCACGGCAAAUGCAUCAGCGGAGGCUCCGACUGACAAACAUGUGGUGGACGGCGGCGCUGUAAACGUAUCGACGGUGGCCGAGCCGGCCCUCCAAGCUCACCACCAAACGGCUGAAGAAGCCCCGGCCGAAGAAACGGCCCCCAACACGAACGCCACCAACGUGAUACCCACCAGCCCUCAAUACGGCGUUGCUAUCAUACCGACCAACGUCAGCAUCGCGGAUUUACCCACAGAGACUGUAACGAUAUCGACCGAUUCGGUUAUCGAUACCACGGCGAAGCCCCCCGACGAUCCCAAAGAUCUGCACUCGACUCCGAGUCGAAACGACCGCUUCAAAGUUGUCAAAAUCGCCAGCUUGGAACCGUUUAAGCGCGGCCGAUGGAAAUGCAUGGAUUACGUCGACGAGGCGCCGCCCCCCAUAACUCAACCGAGUAAAGUCACUCAAUCUACAGGGAGCAUCUCGGUGCCGGCCGGAGGGGUGUAUCUUCAAACCCAAAGUUUGCCUCAGCAGCAAAUCCAGCAGAUGCUCCUCCAGAGCGGCUUCACCAACGGGACGCAGUUUUUUCCUAACGUUCAAGCCCAAAUGAUACCCCAAACUCAGUAUUUCUACCCCCCGAAUAACCUCCAAACGCAGACAUUGCCCCAGCAGUUAGUGAAUACGUCAGGUGUGCCUAGCAGUAUGCCGGCACAGUUUAUAAACGCAUCGCAACCGUAUUUUGCGACGGGAGUUGUGCAAAAUUCGGGAUUUGCGAUACCUCCAAACUACCAAAAUGUUCAAUAUGUCCCCGCGAACCUUUUACAGAAUCAAGGUAGUGCGUUCGUGCCGACGUCACAGACUGUGCAAUUACCGGCGAAUUUCCAACAAAGUCAGACUUACGCGGGACAACCGAACGUGACGGCGCCGAUGGUCAACGGGCACGCUUUUCCUCAACAAAACGAACAACAAGUCACUUCGAGCAGUUUGCCAACACAAGCUGCCAAAAGUGUGAUCCUCAAUACUAGCGUACAGCAACCUGUAGUGAGUCAAGCGCAGAUUUCGCAACCGAACAUCCAGAACCAAAUACCGGUGGUGCAGAGUAGUACCCAGAGUCAGUCAGUUCCUGUCAUACAAAACCAGCAGUACCAACAAAACACGAAUUUUCAGCAAGUACCGACUCAGACACAAAACUCGCAAGUACAGAACGUGAUUCAGAAUACUCAGGUUUUUGACCAGAACCAAACGACAACUAAGGUGGUACCAACGGCGGGUGUAUUUGACCAAAAUCAGACGCCUCAAGUCGUUUCAGUUUCGGCGAUACUGGACAAGAAUCAGGCGAAUAACGUGUAUACGAAUCCUCAGUUCGAUAUGAACGUUAAUAGUUUGACGGUGCUCGAGAAUCAGGAAGCUUCAGCCGAGGCCGUCAAUGAGACGAAUAGCGGAACCGAAGUGAAUUCGGAGAAUCCGGACGAUCCCUCUAAGACUAAUCCGGUGGUUAACGCAAUUGAUAAUAAAAUCGAACAAGCCAUGGAUUUGGUCAAGAGUCACUUGAUGUAUACGGUUAGAGAGGAAGUGGAAGUGCUCAAGGAGAAAAUCGCAGAGUUGAUGGAAAAGAUUCAACAGUUGGAAACUGAAAAUAAUUUCCUCAGGUCGCAAAUUCCCAAGAGCCAGGCUCCAGGAACGGCGACCCCAAUUUUGACAACCACUUCGACUCCAAUGGUCAAUCCGACCACGACUACUACUACAAGCACUGCACCAAACGAAACGACUCAGCAGUAGUUUGAUAGUUAGGCGUAGAAGGAAAAUACUCGGACUUUAGCUUGGAUAUCCUUUUAAUCCUUUAUUACUUUUGGCAAGUUUUGUCAUUAGUGAAGUAUUUGUUUAGCCUGAAACAGUGAUAUAAGUUACGGCUUUGGUUUCAAUUUUCGGUGUGACACUGCCAUGUUCUAAAUGUAAGAGUUUGAACUCUGUUUAGUUUUUGCAAAACGCUUUGCUACCCGGGAUUGGAGGUUUGAAUUCUGAUUGGCCGAUGCUGUAGUGUGAAUUGUAAAUUAUGUAAAAUUUUGUAAAGUAUGUAAAUAAAACUGGUCCUCGCCUC